GGGUUCCUCAAACCCAGCAAAUUUGGGUUCUAGGUUCGACAGAACCCAACAAAUUUGGGUGCGACGAAACCCAGCCUGGGCUCCACCGAACCCAGCAGAUCUGGGUUCGAAGGAACCUAGUUUGCUGGAUUUGAGGAAACCCAAUAGAUGGGUUCCAUCAAACUCGAGCUGGGUUCCCUUAAACCCAGAUCAGCUGGGUUUGAGGGAACCCAACAACACAGAGGAGGAAAAGGAAGAAAGAAAGGAAGAAGAUGGAUCAAAAGAGAGGAAAAAGAUGGAUCAAGAAAGGAUGCUGUUCUCGACGGUAUUGAUUUCGACAUCGAGGGAGGGACGAACCUGCACUGGGGUGAUCUCGCAAACUACCUUUCCGAAUACAGUGAUCAGGGGAAGACAGUUUACUUGACGGCGGCUCCUCAGUGCCCUUUCCCUGACGCCUGGCUAGGGGAUGCCCUGAAAACCGGUCCUUUUGACUACGUCUGGGUCCAAUUCUACAACAACCCUCCAUGCCAAUACACAUCCGGAAACACUGCAAAUUUAGUUGAUGCCUGGAAUCAAUGGACUCAAGAUAUUCAGGCAACUCAAAUUUUCUUGGGACUUCCGGCAUCCCCUGAGGCUGCCGUAAGUGGGUUCAUUCCGGUAGACGAUCUCACGUCUCAAGUGCUUCCCGCCAUCAAAGGAGCUUCAAAGUAUGGAGGCGUGAUGCUGUGGUCAAAAUACUUUGAUGACCAAACUGGGUACAGUUCCUCCAUUAAAAACGCUGUCUAAUAUUGUAAUUUCAGUUCGAAUUUCCAUUGGUAAAUCGUAAUAAUACCACUACUUGCAUGCAAUAAAAAAAAAAUAUUACUUAUUUUCUUGUACUAUUGACUAUUGUGAUCCCCCUGGGCGUUAAUGGAAUUUU